GCACCAAAAAGAAUGUAAAAAAUGUCAAAAAGAGUUUAUUUUGCCUAAGACCCAACACAAACAGCCCAAUAGAAACCUAGAUUCUGUAAGCCCCUCUUUCUCUCACAAAAUUCACAGGCAGUGAAACCGAGUGCGAGCAAAGAAUGAACAGGUUGAUCAGAAGGAAAUUUGGUGAGGUUUACAGAUUGAAAGUUCCCCAGAGAAAUUUCUGUGCUAAUGGAGCUGCUACAAAUUCUGCCCAACCUGGCUAUUCACAGGACAGCAAAAUUGGCCAUUAUGACAUUGCUAUUGUUGGAGGAGGCAUGGUUGGCAUGGCUUUUGCCUGUUCCUUGGGUAGCAAGCAUGCCAUUGACAAAGGACUUGAAUGUUGCCAUUAUCGAUAGCAAUCCUGCAUUAUCUAGUGGAGUCUCCAUCAAGAAAGAAGAACCCCCUGAUCCAAGGGUCAGUACAGUAACUCCGGCUACUAUAUCAAUCUUCAAAGAGAUUGGUGCUUGGAAAUAUAUUGAACAGAAUCGACAUGCAUAUUUUGAUAAGAUGCAGGUUUGGGACUACACUGGCUUGGGAUAUACAAGAUAUAAUGCAAGAGAUGCAAAUAAGGAAGUUCUAGGGUGUGUGGUGGAAAAUAGGGUGCUGCUGAGUUCCCUUUUGUCAUGUCUACAGAGUGCAGAUUUUCGGAAGACUAUCUACCCAUCCAGAUUGUUGACUUUACAUCGGAACUCUUCAUCCACAAAGGUGGACAGUCAUUCCUCUGGGUUGCCAUUACAUGGGCAGGGGAAUUUGGUGAAGCUGGAUCUAAUUGAUGGCAGCAGCCUACAUGCAAAAUUAGUGGUUGGAGCUGAUGGUUCCAAGUCCCGUGUUAGGGAGUUAGCAGGAAUUAAAACAACUGGAUGGAAUUAUUCACAAAAUGCAAUCAUAUGUACAGUUGAACAUGCUGUAGAAAAUCAAUGUGCAUGGCAACGAUUUCUUCCCGCUGGACCAAUUGCUCUUCUGCCAGUUGGUGAUAAUUUUAGUAAUAUUGUUUGGACCAUGAACCCAAAAGAGGCAAAUGACCAUAAAAUGAUGAAUGGAGAUGAAUUUAUAAAGGAUGUAAAUCAUGCUUUGGAUUAUGGAUUUGGCCCCCAUCCUAAGUCAAGCAUGUUUGGAGAUGGAGGCAUAUUUUCUUGGCUUAAAGCAGAUGUGACGUCAGCUAGUGAGUUCUUUGAAAUUCCACCAAAAGUGAUCAGGUUGGUGUCGGAUAGGAUGAUGUUUCCAUUGUCUUUGAUGCAUGCCAAUAACUAUGCAUCAAAGAAUAUUGUUCUAAUAGGUGAUUCGGCACAUACUGUUCAUCCUUUGGCUGGUCAAGGUGUCAAUUUGGGUUUUGGAGAUGCAUUUGCUCUUUCAAGAGUCAUUGCUGAGGGUAUUGCAGUUGGAACUGACAUUGGGGAGGUGACAAUGUUGAAAAAAUUUGAAGUGGAGAGGAAAACGGCAAAUAUUGCAAUGAUGGCAAUCCUGGAUGGGUUCCAAAAAGCAUAUUCAGUUGAUUUUGGACCUCUAAAUAUAUUGCGUGCUGCAGCUUUUCAUGUGGCGCAGCAUGUUUCACCGCUGAAAAGAGGUAUAAUUUCAUAUGCAUCUGGAGAGCAAAGAUUGCCACUUUUCUCUUGAAAACAAUGUACAUAUUGCUGAUCGAGUAUAUUCGUUAAAAGAAAAAAAAGAAAAAAAGAAAAAAAAAAGAAAAAGAAAUGAAAUGCUUCUGCUUCAAUUUUGUAAACAGUAAUUUCGAUUGUCUUAAGAAAAAUAAAGAGUUGCUUGGAUGACUUGCCUUGUUCCAGUUCUA